AUGUUAAAAUUAGAAAUUUCUGUUGGAAGAAGCGCUAAGAAAUUGAUCCAUAUUAUUAUAGCACCAGCAGAAAAUCGACCCAAGUAUCGGGCUGGUCGCAAACUAACAGCAGUUAAGGUAUACACUGUGAACCAAGAAUCUCGCUAUUUAGUGAUAGAGAAUGUGCCUGCACUUCGUCUCACUGAUAAGCUUCUCGAACUGGUCUCAUUAUAUGGAACGGUAGAAGAAUACCGACAUUUAGAUGAUUAUCCCAGUGAAGAAUUUACAGAUGUCUAUUGGAUCAAGUUCCGAGAUCUUAAGGAAGCACGCGCAGCCAAGAAACAACUAGAUGAUAAAGUGUUCUACCAAUCUCCUCUUCGAGUCCGCUAUGGGCCUGAAUAUGAAAGCGUUGAGGAUACAAGGCAAAAGUUACAAGAUCGACGAAAUACUGUUGCUUCGAAGCUUCGCGGACAGAAUUACGAAAGUAGUAGCAGAGAUAGACAGAAAACGGUCGUAGAAAACAGGAACUCUACUGUGUCAGAAGAUCGGUCGAUUGGGCAAAUGCAACAGAAUAUACAAGCGAACGCACAGGAUAAGCCACCAAUACCAGGUAUAGGCUACCCAUCAGUAUCAACGCCAGCGCCGCCAACGACGACACCAAGACCAACAACAAUAGCGUCAACGUCAGCAUCGCAAUCUAUAGCAAGUGGCAUCAGCACUGCGUAUAAAGAAGAAACAGAUACCAACUCUUCGCUAUCCAUCGAUCCGAUAUCCUCUACAGUCCUCUCAAUCCGUCAAAGACUAAAAUAUGCAUCAUCUGCAAAAUCGUCCCUCUCGUCGCGUAAUGAAAAUAAGAGCACAAAGGUGUUGGGCAAAGCUUAUUAUGACAAUGAAUUCGAGGAUAACAAUGUGCCUAAGCGUCGUAAAAGGAUAUGA